AUGCCGCGCCAGAAAGAUCAGGUACGUCCAGCCGAGACCAAAAACCAGGUCCAGGUCGUCCCAAACUCUCGGGUCAACAUCAAGAUUAACGAAAAGCUUUGUCCAGAUGUAACGGCAACACGCCAUGCGCGUCCUGCUCUGCGUCGCAGCAAGAAUGCACUUAUGGAUCCGAGGCGAACUCGUAAGUCCCGCCCGGUCAUCGGCGCCGUGUUCCCCGGCGAAUCAAACAUGCCCGGGGGACUCGGACGGAGAAGAAACCAAUGCCUGACCGUUCAUGUGCUGCAUGUCAUCAGACGCGGGAAAAGCGAUCUCAUCCUCGAGAGCGUGCUGAGGGUGGAGAAGUUCCUCCAUGAGAUGAAAGCAACCAUCGUCAGUCCCGCCGCCUCGUUCCACUUUUCACCGAACCCGGCUCACGAUGGGGGGUUCAAGGGAGUGCCUCCUUUCACCGAAACCCGCCCGGCCGUUGUCUCACCGGCCCUCCGCUCGGCAUCGCGAGGAUCCUUCUCCGGCUCGCCCCUGAAUGAGAUCCACCACCCGCAACGCACCCCCAUAUCCGAGCCCCAGUACCAGAACAACUAUGAGAAUGCCGUACUCGACUCCAUGCACACAAGCACGACUGAGUCGAUCCUACAAUGGCCUCACUUCGAAGCCUUUCCGAGCAUGAAGGAUGGGUAUGUCUCCAUCUUCCAUCUCGAACAGUCCAGGCCGGCGGUCAAAACGCGUUCCACAACCAUGUACCCGUACGUGACUACUGAGGACAUCGACGGUAUCAUUGACUCUUUUGAGCACACGGUCAACUUCUGGUAUCCCACAAUGUCCCGUAGCCAGCUUUCCCAAGUGCGGGAUCUAAUCGUGGAUGGUAUCACGGAGGAAGAUAGCAUUCUCGCCUGCUUGGCGUUGUUGACGAUGGCCCUAGGCUGCGCCGGUCAAGUCACCGCUGGACUGACGACAGGGCAUGCUUUGACUGACGAGGAUCGGAAGCGAAGGACAGCAAGGAGGGCCAUGGGUGAUAUGUACUUUGACAGCGUGCUGAAGAAGCUACAUGUCGUGCAUACUAAUGUUGGUAGCACCGCCACACAUUGCUUGUUCUUCACGGCCAUGUACUUCGCCUUUCUGCGACGGCCGUUGCAAGCGUGGGAAUACAUCAACGCGGCCUCCGCAAAAUGCCUCCUGCUUCUGGCGUACCCCCCUGAAUCUGACGAUUACCUUGCCGAACUCAAUGGCCUCCCUCAGUCGGGUGUUGCCCGUAUCGAGUCUUCUACCCCUCUGCCAGGAGAGUUCAACACCCAUCGAGACCCUCAAGUUGAAGAGCAGUCUUCGCUGUACUUCUUAGCCUGCAUCUCGAUGCGUCGCCUUCUCAACCGCGUUCAUCAACUUCUGUAUGCCCGUGGUACCGGUGCAGCGCUUGAUCACGCACGUUUCCCUUACGUCGUCGCCGAGUUAAACCACCAACUCGACGAAUGGCGGGAGGUUCUUCCGCCUGCGUUCGCCUUCCGCGUCGGCUUCGACGACAUUGGCGGCCAGAGUACCGCCACAGAGCACGGCGGGUUCCUGCGCCAGAGGUAUCUCACCUGCCGAAGUGUCAUCUAUCGGCCCUACCUAAUGUGGAUGUUGAGCGGCAUGGCUGGUGGAAACGGUGCAAGCUCUGAGCUGCUCGUCAGCCAGGAUGCGUUGAAGAAUUGCAAGGCUUGCUUAGACGCAUGUCUGCUGCAUAUACUCAACUUGAGAGGCUUUGGACAGACGGUUCUAGUCGAUACCUGGAUCUGCUCGCUCUCGAUGGCUGGUGCGAUGCUCGUUUUGCUUGCAGCUUGUCGUAUUUCGUCCCUGAAAGACAUGAUUGGGCCUGAAGUGCUCGGAGCAGGUGAUCAUCUGAAGCAGCUUUUGCAAAGCUGGCAGUCUGUUAUGGGAGAUCCCCCAUCUCCAAGUGUGGAUCAGAGCAUCAGGAUGAUUAAGGACUUGGAUCGGUUCAUCCAGGAGGUCUACCGAGCAGGAGACUCCUACUCUAUGAGGAGGCGAUGA